UGACACAAUAUUCCAAGGCAUAAGGUAACCAGGUGCAAAAGACAAAUUAAUACCAAGCAAAAUAAUAUAAAUUGUCUAGUUAGGUUUGUUUAUGCAGAGUAAUAAUGGGAGAGGGAAUUGAAAUUUAAAUAUCCGAGAGAUUCUUUUGAUAGUGGAGGAAUUAAGAGAGCAUAGAUUCAAAUUGGUAUAUGAAAAUCUUCAAAGAUGAUACUUUUACCAGUAGAUAAACCCUAGAUAGCUCUGGUGUGAGGAAGAAAGUAUUCAAUGCAACGGUCAGCCUCGUGACUUGAUAAUUCUUUUUCUUAAUUAGGGUUCUACUCAUCCUCGUUAAUUGAUAUUUUCUUUUCUUGAUUUAUGCAAUUUUUUAAUUGAUUUCUUCAUACGUUGUUUAAGUAGAAACCCAAUUCAAUUGUUGUUUACGGUAAUAAAAGAAUCAAAGAUUCGUCGCCUUCAAGCACCUUUGAACCCUAAAAAUGGAGAAAAGGAGGCUGAAGAAUGAGGAAAACAGUUUGAUUUCAGAUUACAGGCCGGCCUUCUUCAAGAUUAUAUUUGCUGAUCGCAUCAGUGAACAGUUGCGAAUCCCACCACAUUUUGUUAAGUAUAUAUCGGAGGAAGGGACUCAGGAGGCUACUCUAAAGGGUCCUUCUGGUGACCACUGGCCUGUUAAAUUAUUUAGAAGUGUAAAUGGCAUGUUUCUGCAAGAUGGUUGGCAGGAGUUUCUAAGAGAGAAUUUCUUGGGGAACAAUGAGUUUCUACUUUUUAGAUAUAAUGGAAAUAUGUGCUUUGAUGUGAAAAUUUUUAAUAAGAAUGGAUGUGAGAGGACUGAUGUAUCUUCUACCCCACUGUGCCAAGGAUCUGUUUUUCCUGAUGGAAAAAGGAAACGAGGUAGACCAAGGAAAUACCCUGUUGGCAACCUAGACUGCCAUCAGCCGACUUAUGAAAAAGGUCCAGAUCAACACCUUCUGCACCCCCCAUCAAAUAACCUCGAGGGAUUUACAGUGGAAGGCAUCCACAGAAAGAUCAAAACUGAGGAAAUGAACCUGCAUUUCCUGGAUACAGAUUCAAGCUCCGAGGAAUUUGAAAGGAAGAAUGCCCAAAGGAAUAUCAAUUCAAAUGAACAGAAACUGCCUAAUUUUUCAAUAAGGGAGCCUAUGGCUGAAGAAGGAAGAGAAACUAUACCUAAUUUUUCAAUAAGGGAUCCUCCAGCUGAAGGAAGAGCAACUAAAACUAAUUUUUCAAUAAGGGAGCCUCUAGCUGUAGAAGGAAGAGCAAUUAUACCUAAUUUGUCAAUAAUGAAGCCUCCAGCUGAGGAAAGAAAAGCAAGGAUCUGGAAAACAUUCGAGUCUUUCACCUCCAAAUUUCCUUAUUUCAAGAUCUGUUUGAAGGAGUAUAGUGUGGACAGAGUAUAUGUUCAGCCCAUUCCCACCUCCUUUUCUGAAUUGCACCUUCCAAAAUCCAAAUUGGAAAUUGUCCUACGGAAUUCUGAGGGGAAAUCCUGGACUGUGAACACAGUCCUUACCGCACGUAAAACUCAUGCUUUUGUUGGAGAGUGGCGUGCCUUUGUACGCGACAACCUUCUUAAGCAAGAUGAUUGCUGCAUUUUUGAGCUUGUGGGAAAAGAGGAAAUGCAGGUUCACAUUUUCAAAUCAGGCAUGGAAGUUUGAGUUUGCAACUUGUUGAAAGUUUAAGGUGACACCCUGAAGCCUUUGCCUCUUGCUGGUGCAACUGGUUCUUCAGUUGUGAUGUUCUUGUUAAAAGUGUCUGAUUGAGAUGUAACCAGUGAGUAAUCUCUCUGUAAGUUAUUAAAACUGGCUUAAAAUGUGGUCCAGUUCUUUUUCAUGGUCUUUUCCAUCACAUUUGUGGUGUUCUUCUUCUCCUUCUUUUAUUGAACAGGGAUGAUCUGAGUGUCCA